ACUUCUCUUUCAUUUCCACGGCCGGCGAUCUUCCCUCCGGCGAACUCUCCGGUGGCCGCUUCCGUCAUGGGGAGUUCCGACGAAUACCUGCAGCGUUUCGUGGCGGAGACUGACUGGUACAACAGCAUUGUGCUUGGGAACCUACUGCCGGACUCCGUCUGGAAGCCUCUCCCUCGGCCGCUCCAGAUCUGGCUCCGAGACUACAUCGGCGGCACCGCGCUCUACUUCAUAUCUGGAUUCCUCUGGUGCUUCUACAUUUACUACUUGAAGCGCAACGUCUACCUCCCUAAAGAUGCUAUACCAUCAAACAGGGCCAUGCUCCUGCAAAUAAUAGUUGCAAUGAAGGCUAUGCCUUGGUAUUGUGCACUCCCAACGCUAUCUGAGUACAUGGUUGAAAAGGGAUGGACAAGAUGUUUCUCUAGUAUAAGUGAAGUUGGUUGGCCUGCCUACAUUGCUUACACAGCUGUUUAUCUUGUCUUUUGUGAAUUUGGAAUUUACUGGGCGCACCGGGAGUUGCAUGACAUAAAACCAUUGUACAAGCAUCUUCAUGCAACUCAUCACAUCUAUAACAAACAAAAUACUCUUUCACCAUUUGCUGGAUUGGCAUUCCAUCCGUUGGAUGGCAUACUGCAAGCGGUUUCUCACGUGAUCGCCCUAUUCAUCAUCCCGACACAAUUCACAACUCACAUAGCAUUGCUCUUCCUCGAGGCGGUUUGGACCGCCAACAUUCAUGACUGCAUCCACGCCAAGCUCUGGCCUGUAAUGGGCGCUGGCUACCACACAAUUCACCACACAACCUAUCGCCACAACUACGGUCACUACACGAUUUGGAUGGAUUGGAUGUUCGGCACCCUUCGUGACCCCGAGGAGGACCUAAAGAAGGAUGAAUGAGUGAAACUUAGCUCCUCAUUUGCAGGUAGCUACAUAUAAAAGGUAAGCAAGAGCAUGCUAUAAAUCUUACUAUCUUCUCUGCCAUUGUUGCCUGUGUUAUCUUUUUAAUGUACUACUAUGUUUCAUGUGCUCUUUAGUUUGUUAGAUGUGGAAUCUCGUUACAAUUAAAUAAAAGAUCUGGACCUUAAUGAAAAAUUUGGAUGAAUGAGGUUCAUAUCCAUGCUUGUUAUUAAACUUUAA